AAAUCGGUAAAAAGACAUCGAACGACUACAGCGCUGCACGGGACGGACGGCAGAGCUCGCUGCUACGGUGCAGCAAUUCGCCCUAGGAGACGGGUGCGACGCCAUAUUUGUUGUCGUUAAUGGGGGAGGUAGUGAAUUAUUCGAAAUUUCCGUGUUCGGCGGUCGUUCUGAGUGAAACGGUGGCGGCGACGAACUGACUGGGAUAUCGGGCAGACGCGGCGACCGUCAUGUCGGCGUAAAUAGGGCACUGGCCCUUCGAAAUUUCGCCUUUACCGUUCGGUUCUUUGUUUCGAAGACUGGCUGGCAACGGGAAUGCCCCAGUCGACAUCGACGAGAUGAUCGACUGGGACGUACGGGGCGGCGAUCGGUUCAGUUUCGAGGAUUCGGACAGGUUCGAGGAGGACUCCAUGUGUAGCUGGAGCUCCGAGCCCGAAAGUGUUUGCAACAAUUGGCGAGGAUGGAAGAAACCGUCGACGAGCACGGCGUCGUUCUUCGGGAGCGGCAAGAGAACCGCCGAAGAUCCCCUGACGGUGCCGUCGCUGACGGAACUGGCCGCGAAGUGUGUCGCGUCGCACAUUCCGUUCGAGCUGGUGGAGCAUGUGUAUCCGCCGGUACCGGAACAGUUGCAGCUGCGCAUAGCGUUUUGGAGCUUCCCGGACAACGAAGAGGACAUACGGCUCUACUCGUGUCUGGCGAACGGGUCCGCGGACGAGUUCGCUCGCGGCGAAAACCUUCACCGUAACCACAUGGUCAAGGACCCGUUACAAAUCGGUUUUCAUCUGUCGGCGAGCGUACAGCAGGGACGGUACAAUACCGGCAACCCGCCCACACACAACGUGGCGGUCACGUUCGAUCGUCGUCGCAUCUCCUCGUGCAAUUGCACGUGCCAGUCGACGGCUUACUGGUGCUCCCACAUCGUGGCCGUUUGUCUAACCAGAAUCCAUUGGCCCCACCUGGUGACCCUGAGGGCGCCCGUAUCGGAAUCGUUAUCCCGGCUGCACCGUGAGCAGCUGCAGAAAUUUGCUCAAUACCUGAUCAGCGAGCUACCUCAGCAAAUAUUGCCGACUGCGCAGCGGUUACUCGACGAGCUGCUAGGCUCGCAGCCCUCCGCAAUCAAUUCGGUAUGCGGGGCCCCGGAUCCAACCGCGGGCGCUUCGGCGGCCGACCAAACGUCGUGGUAUUUGGACGAGAAAACGCUCCACGACAACAUCAAAAAGAUCCUGAUCAAGUUCUGCGUGCCUGCCCCCAUAGUGUUCAGCGACGUCAACUAUUUGAGCACGGUGGCGCCGCCUGCCGCCGCCGAAUGGUCCUCGUUGCUGAGACCACUGCGCGGGCGCGAACCCGAAGGCAUGUGGAACCUGCUCAGUAUCGUCAGGGAGAUGUUCAAGCGGAACGAUCGGAACGCGGUUCCGCUGCUCGAGAUCAUCACCGAGGAGUGCAUGGCGUGCGAGCAGAUACUCAUCUGGUGGUUCAACACGAAAGUGGCGCUGCUGAGCGGCGGCUCGAGUCACGGGGGCAGCGGCGGCGGCAAACACAACAACAUCAACAGCAACACGCACGCGUCCCAACACGCAGGCUCGUCGCUGUGCGACGAGGUUGUCGUAUUAUGGCGUCUCGCCGCCCUCAACCCCGGCCUCGCGCCCUCCGAACGCGACAUGCUCCAUAACCAGUUCACCACGUGGCAGAAUAAGAUCAAGGAGAAGGUGACCAAGUGCCGCAACACGACCGCCACGUCCACAUCGAGCUACUACAAGAAUUCCAGCACGCUGAAAGCGGACUUCGAGAUCUUCACCGGGUUCCGGCCCGCGAUCGAAGCGUGCUACCUCGACUGGGAGGAUUACCCGAUGCCCGGCAUCACCUACACCUCAGACAUUAACCCCAUGUACCAUUGUCCGUUCACUUGUUUCCGGCACGGGCCUGACAGCAGCCGCGGCGAGACCCAGGUGACGCAGGUUAACUCGAGCAAGGCGGUGCUCAACUGCGAGCCCCUCCACGCGGCUGCGCACUCGCACCACCACGCCCACCACCGUCACCAUCGGCACCCGUUUCGAGCCCACCAUCGUUUCGAUUACGUCAACGUGAUGAGUAUGAACCCGGUCGAGUACCCGCCCCAUCCCCACCUCUCGCAGCUCGGGGAACGAGACGGCAACAGGUCGAGCGUCAGCAGCGAAGGCUUUUGCGAGGUGGACGACGACAUAAACCUGCUGCAAGUAAGCCGCUACAACGACUCGGACUCGCAGGAGGGCGGCGGCAGCGACUCGUCGAGCAGCAGCAGCAGCCGGGACAGCAACACUCCGCCCGCGAGGCAGAACAAGGUCGUCCCAGGCGACGCGACUCCUCAACAAGCCACGCCCAUACCGGGAACAUCGAAGGAGCGGCGCGACGUCCCGUGGACGACGCCCGACCCGGACGAUGAGCGGAGGCGGCGCUCGAAGGACGAGUCGGCGUCGUCGUCGGACUCGCCCAAUUCCGGCGACGAGUACAGCGUCUACUUUUACAGCAACGGCAAGGACGGGGGCGGCGACGCUUUCGCCAAUCAAGGCGACGGCGGCGCGAGGAGCGACGACUGCGACUCCAAAACCGAUCCGGACCCGUUCGCGGGCUUCCGCAAGGGCGACGACCCUUGGGACGUGCUGUUCUCGAGGGCGGAGGGCUUGCACGCCCACGGACACAGUCGCGAGGCCUGCAUCCUAGGAGUCAAGCUGGCCGAAGAACUGCUCGCCAAUCCGCCAAACUUGAUGAUCGAGAUCCCGCAGGCGCCCAAAAAGAAAGGCAAGAAGCAGCAGGUCAACCCGGCGACGCACCAGCUGAGCGUGCUGGCGUCAGCGACGCUAUCGAAGUGCGCGUUCCUCUGCUCGGUACUGUCCGAGAACAGCGAGCACUUUCAUUUGGCUUUCCGCGUCGGCAUGUUCGGGUUGGAAAUGGCCCGGCCGCCGGCUAGUACGAAACCGCUCGAGGUAAAGCUCGCGAAUCAGGAAACGGACCUCGUUAACCUGCUGAAGAGGUUGCCGCUCGGCCACAAGGAACUGAAGAUACUGCGCGAGAGGGCAGAACACAUCAAAGACGGCACGCUGAAGUCGAGAGGCGAGGCGAUGUUGCCGAUCAUGCUCGCCAGUUUCGUAUUCGACGCGUUGGUGAUACCGUCGAUCGUCGGUCGAGACCGUUCGAAGAUCCUCAACCUCCGGAUGCUUACCGACGAGCCGUUGGCGUUCGAGGCGGCGGUCGUCGCGUUAGGUCUUAAGGCGAACGUGUCGGAGGCGGACCACCCGUUGCUGUGCGAGGGCACGCGACGUCAGAGGGGCGAGCUCGCCAUAGCGUUGCUCACGUUCUACAAGGACGACUCGUACAAGAUCUGCCGCAUCAUGGAGAAGCUGCUCGACCGCGAGGUGCACCAGCUGCUCAAGACGCCGCUGCUCAGCUCGUACUACUCGAACAACCCGCCGAUACGGAGCCAGUACCACCACAUGAAGCGGGACGAGCCGCCCGACAUGAUGACGCCUCUCGGACCUUUCAUCCCCCCGACGGAGAUGGUCACGCCCGAGGCUAACUGCUGCAGCAGGCCGCAUAGCUCGACGAGUGCCGAAGUCGAGCAAGGCAUCGGCGCCAUGUCGAUUGGCGGUCAGCCAGGUCAGAUCGCGCCUGGUACCGUGCCCAGGACCAAGGAGGGUCGGUACAAGAAACGCGCCUACCCGUCGAUUCCGAACCAACCGUCCGAGGCGGGUGCCCAUUUCAUGUUCGAAUUGGCCAAAACAGUGCUGACCAAGGCGGGCGGUACCAGCAGCACUUCCCUGUUCACGCAGGCGUCGACCAACACGAGCCACCACGGACCGCACAGGGCGCUUCACAUGUGCGCGUUUCAACUAGGCCUGUACGCCCUCGGUCUGCACAACUGCGUCAGUCCCAACUGGCUGAGCAGGACCUACUCGUCGCAUGUGUCUUGGAUCACGGGUCAAGCGAUGGAAAUCGGCGCUGCCGCCAUAUCGUUCCUUAUCGACACUUGGGAGGGGCACCUCACGCCGCCAGAGGUUGCGAGUAUCGCGGACCGCGCCUCCAGAGGUUGCGACAUAAACAUGGUCAGCGCCGCCGCGAAUCUGGCACUGUCGGUACUGCCGUACGCGCACGCGCUCAACCCGAACGAGAUCCAGCGCGCCAUCUUGCAAUGCAAAGAGCAAAGCGACGAGAUGCUCGAGCACGCGUGCCACACCGUCGAGUCGGCCGCCAAAGGGGGCGGGGUCUAUCCCGAAGUACUGUUCCAGGUGGCGAAGUACUGGUACGAGCUGUACGUCAGGCACACGCCAGGCGGCGAGCAACUCAUAGACAAUGACAUACCGCACGAUCCGUUACUCGACGCGCACGCGCAGCUCGUCGCGCUCAUCGAGCAGCCCGGACCACCCGAUGGACCGCCCACCGCUACCCCGGUAGUAGUCACAACUGCCCCGCCUCCCUAUCCUCACGCGGCACCGCCCGUCGGCAUGUACGUCAGCCAUUAUAAUUUCCUGCCGCAUCCGCAUCAAAUCAGUUACGGCGGUCCCAUCCAUCCGUUGCACCCGGCAGCGGCCGCGGCGGCGGUGACGUCCGCGCCGCCCCAACACGUCCAGAUGUACCCGUUCCCGUAUCCGCCGCCGCCGCCCCAGGGCGCGCCGCCUCCUUUCAACCAGGUACCGACGUCGUACCCGAACAUCCCGCCCCCGUCCAUGCCGCAGCAGGCGCCGUUCACGAACGCGUCUAACCAAUACGUCCAGCCGCCGCCGGGGGUUUACACGAGCCCGCCUCCGGCGGCGCCGCCGCCCCCCCAACUGCAGUACUUCGGGCCGGCGGUGACGCUCGCGCAGCCGAUGCCGCAAGGCUUGAGGCCCGCCCACCUGUAUCCGCAACCGCCUCCAGGUAUGGCGCCGCCGCCCCACCCCCAACAGGCGGUCAUCCGGCCGCACAGGCCUCAGCAGCUGAACCAGACCCAGCUGCGUUACCUGCUGACCGCGUAUCGGGUCGGCAUGCUGGCCAUGGAGACGCUCGCGAGGAGACUGCACGACGACCGGCCGCAGGCCAAGUACGCGCGGAACCCGCCCUACGGCGAAGACGUCAAGUGGCUGCUAAGGAUAUCGAAGAAUUUGGGUUCGCAGUACCUCCACCAUUUCUGCGUGUGUACCGUCAACUCGAUCGUGAGCCCGUUCGUGCUCCACGACGUCGCGAUAGAGGCAGCGCAGUACUUGUCGCGUAACAACCCGGGCCUGGUGAUGCAGCACCUGCGCACCGCGCUCACCCCGCUGGUGAACAAGUGUCAGCAGAUGUACAUCCAGUGCAUGCACCAGAAGCUCUACCACCUCACGCCCGCCGACUACGAGGAUUUCGUCAGUAUCGUCUGCUCGGCGCGAGCCGCCUUCCAGAUCACGCCCGACGGUUCUGCGCAGUUCAAGGAGUGGCUCGCUUCAAUCAGGAGGUCGAAGUCGUGCAAAAAGGACCUGUGGGCGCAGAUAAACGCGGCGCUCCAGGCGAACUCCAAAUGACAAAGGCCUGAUUUAGGUACCCAAAAUGCGUGCAGCUAUCGUAGGUUAUCGGAGUGCCCCGACCAUCUCGACGUCCAGCAACAGCCGCAGCCGCAGCAGCAACAGCAACAGCAGGCGGAACCUCGAAUGCAACUGUGCACUUAUCAUCCGAUUUAUCUGGCGAGUCUGUACGCGCAGGCGCCGGAAAACGGCGGUGGGCGGGACGCGUGGGAGGGCACCCCACCUACCCAAGGGUCCUGGUCGCGCGGCUCCACCUCCCCUACCAGUUGACUUGGACUACAACGUCGCGAUAAGCAAUAUUAAACACGCUCGCUCGGUUUAGUCAGUUGCGUUUUCCGGGUGGGGGGCGGGGACAUUUUUGGGUUGCCUUUUCUUUUUUUGCUCGCAAAUUGGUUGUCCGACUCUAUGUGUAGGUGUGCUUGUCGAACAUAUCAAAGGUAUGUUGAGGUCGUCGGGGUAGCGGUUUGUUUACCCUCGUUUUCGCCUGUAUUUUCGGAAAUUUCUGCCGUGAGGCAUUUUUUUGAAUGACUUCGGCGUAAAAAAGGUUUUUUUUGUCGAGCUGUCCACAACUUCUUGGUUUUUGAGGCGUUGAAGCACGUCCUAUCCUUCUUUGACUUUUCGUAUUUUUAGGUCCUUUAGAUUAGAAUUUAAUAUUCCCAAUUUUUAUGGCGAAAAUCAUCUCUAGUUUCCUAUAUAAAAAUACGUGUCCAGAAACGCUUUCUUUCCGAUGUACAGGGUGUUGAAAUUCUAAUGGAAAAACGAUUUUUUUUAUCCUAAUCUUCAAACCACUUCACAUUCUGUACAACAGGCAAAAGAUGUUUUUUGAUGCGCGAAAUAUUUUUAAAAAAUAAAUAUUUUUUACGAACAAAAAACCCAACCUAAAGUUAAUCUGAUACGAAGGUCACCGGUAAAUAUUUCUCAAAACAUUUCCCAUUUCGUUGCUUGAAAUCAGCUUACAAAAUUAAAAUUUCAACACCCUGUAUAUAGCAACGUUUCCGGAUGCUUUUAUAUACGAAACUAGAGCUUAGAAUGUGCCAUAAAAAUUGGUGCAUUAAUUUCAUAACGAAAAAAUGUAUUUUAUGUUGAAAACGAGAAAGUUGUGGGUCCGAACGUAAUCGCGGCGCGGCAACCCCGAAAACGACGUAUAUCAAAUACGUCACGUGUCAAAAGCGCCAGGACCGUAUCCCGCAAUUUUGAGCGCGACCUAUUUUGCGAGCGACAGGCCGGAAUCCUUUACAGCGUCGGAGUCAAAUUUUCGGUUUGUUUUCGAAGCGGGGGGGUGACUCGACGGCGUUAGAAAAAAUAACUAUUAUACGGGGGCUGCCCCAAAGUCGUUUCUCUUUUAGCGUAAAACAAAAAAAAACACAAAAGCCAAAAAAAUUACUGUUCGAGAAAGUGCUCAGGUCUUUACCAUCUCUGCCUUCACAUAGGUAAACAUUAUUUUAGGUAUCGCCGCCGUAGGGAUGGGCGACAGCCGUAGCCGGUUCCGUUCUACGAUAGUUUCCGAAGUUUUAGUUUGUUUUUUUCCCAUUUUCCGUCGUUUGAAGAAAAAUAAUGUGUAGUAGCAUCGAAAAACUAAUGAAUAUAUUAUAAAUAUUAUAAAGAAUUUUAGAUUUAUAUUAUAGUUAGCGUGUUUAUAAAUGUGUCGACGCGUGAAUGAUUUUUUUUCGUUUAUACGGGGUGUUCUCGAAUUGAGGGGACCCGACUUCGGCCGACACAGAGCGUCCAACUUAAACAAAUGAUAAAUUUUGUAAAAAAUGCCCGCCACUGGCUUCCCGGGAAAAAACCAAAAGUGAAAAAGUCAGUGGCGCGCGUCGAUUUCCCGCGUUCCGAGGAAACGCCCCGUAUAUAUAUUUGUAUUUUUUUCGGUUUUUAGUUCUGUUACGUGUUAAACGCUCGGUAUAAGUAGUCGAACGGUUUUUUCGUGUUUUUACGUUUCGUAAGACUUGGACCGAAGGCGCCCUCACAAUCGGCGGCAGCGGGAAAACGAAUGAAGCGUAGCGACGCGAACGCGCGGUUGGUGAGGGUCUCUCUUUUUUUUUUUCUCUGAACGCAGCCGACGUUGAUCUCAAUGACGUGACGACGGCGGCCGGAUUCUGCGCGCGCCAACGGUCCGCUGCAGGGAGGGAGUGGCCCGGAUAAAUAUCAACAAAGCGAUAAAAAAAAAAGAAUAAAAAAAAUGUAAACUCGUGCCUUUGACUUGAAAAUUUUCCGACGGUAGGUGUCGCCCAUAUAUAUAUGUGUGUGUAUUAUAUAUUUUUAGAAAAUUAAAAUCGGCCGCCGUGCCCUCGCGCAGAGUCCGGCCCUGCGACGCGCGCGCACACGCAUACACGCACGCCACGCCCACAAGUUUUCGGCGAGUAUAUAUACAUAUAUAAAUAUCUAUCUGACCACGCGUUAGUUUUAAUUGUUUUUUUUAGUAUGUUUUUUAUACACUGAUGUGUGUGGGUCGCGUAAAUCGCUUAACAUUUAAGGAGCAGUAAAUCUGUUAUACUCAAUGUUCCAAUAUUUACAUUUUCAUCGUUACUGUCCACCCGUGUAUAUGGUAAACCUAAAUACAUACAUUUUUCGUAUCAUGAGUGGCGA